AUGCAUUCAAUUUGGAGUAGAGGGAAUACAAUCUUUGCUUUUACGUUGACUGUGCUAAGUGCUGUUACUUUGAUGGCCUUUUUAACGUCAAUGUUUGCUGUUAAAAGUGUUAAAGUUGAGAUAAGCGCUGCAAAUCCGCGGAUACGGAGUAUGUCAGAUUACACAAAUGAGGAAGGGAAGAGUGAUCUUGCAAUGGUUUCUUUAAAUAUACAUGCAGAUAUGUCACCAAUCUUUAAUUGGAAUGUUAAACAAUUGUUUAUUUUUUUGGUCGCGGAAUAUUCAACAAUGAAAAAUAUUCACCCAAAAUAUUAUUUUCUGGAUGAUGGUUCAAAUUUGCUUAGUCAUCAAAAUGUAACUCUUAUUCUUAAAUGGAAUAUAGUGCCAAAUGCUGGACGUUUAGAAGAUUCUCAGGGUGAUGGUCAAUUUAUUCUUAAAUUUCCGUCCAAUUAUGUUUCUGGUCGUUUUUGA